AUGACCACUCUCAUGGUGGCUCUGAACCUGAGCUUGAGCCCUAUGUUGGUUCACACUCUGCAGAAUGACACAGAAUUAUUCAGUGUACAGAAAAUUGGGGCCCCAGAGGCACUGCAAUAUGCUGUCAGCAAAUACAAUGAAAACAGCGAUGACUUGUAUCAGUAUAUUGUUGUGGAAAUGAAAGAUACAAAAUUCCAGCAUGAAGAAGAUGGAACAAAAUAUCUCUUCCAUGUGAUCCUAGGCGAAAGCACAUGUUUGAAGUCCAAGACUUUCUUUGCCUCCUGUCCUUUAAAUUAUCCGCUUCAGGUAUCUUCAAGACUUUCUGUGUAUCCAGCCCCAUAUUCAUCAUUGCUGUCCCACGUCAGCAAUGAUGAGGAGAGGGCUCUUCACACUGCUGCUGAGGCCCCAGAGGCUGAUGAUGCAGAGUCGAUGUUGGAAGACCCUGAUGUGGAGCUACUGUCAGGGACUGAUUGCGAAGAUUUGGAGGACUUCAAAUGA